GUUUACAUCAUCACAUGAAAUCAAGACCUUUAAAAGGCUCUUCAUAAAAGCACCCCACAGAAGUCAAACUGCAGCAGAGAGAUAGGACAUCUGAAAGGACAACAUUAAUACAGAUGCUCCUUGUGACCUUGUCAUUACUGAUAUUCUUUAUAAAGGUGCAAAAUGGCUGUAGCACGAAUGCCAAUGGCUGCUUCAAGAACAAGAAAUGAAAAUGAGGACGACUACAGUGCUUAUGCGAACAUGUCUGAUGAAGAGCUGUUGCAGUUGGCUAUUGAACGAAGUCUAGCGGAUAGCAACUUCACCCCACGUCAGAAUCAACAAAUUCAUUCCCACGUGAUGCCAAGUACUUCUUCGGCAACGCAAAGGACCCCAAGAAACCCUAACCCAUGCAGUCUCCAUGUGACCGCCUCUGCUAACCCUCCCAGUCAGAAUCAUUGUCAAAAAAUUAGCAGAGAUAGUUCAAAUCAUAUCUUUAAUACGACUGAAGACAAGGUGAUUGCUUGGACUAGGUACAAUGGACACCUGCGGGUAACAGUGGAGCCUGUGGAUGAUUUAGACCCUUUUCUCUCAGCGAUUUGGAAAGGUAAUGCAAAGGCUUUAGAAGAGAUGAUUCCUUCAAGACUUCACAUUCUUGAUGAACCCAAUAAGGAAGGGUCGAUUCCACUUCAUGAAUGUGCAUUCUAUGGUCAUGUUGAAUGCCUUAAGAUUUUACUUGAUGCCAGGCCGGAUACAAUCAACAAACGAAUGAAUAAGAAUCAGACAGCGCUUUAUGUGGCUGUGAGUCGCAAACAUUUUUCUUGUGUCGACUAUCUCCUGAGACAAGGUGCCGAUCCCAACCUUGCAAAUAGCCAGUGGGAGACACCACUGAUUAAAGCAUGUGAGAAAGGGAAUGAAGCAAUAGUGAGGGUUCUUUUGAAGUUUGGAGCCUCACCGAACAAAGCCUGUGUUCAAGGUGGAACUCCACUACAUGAAGCAGUGGGGCACAUAAACUUAGAGAUUUGUAAGAUGUUGCUACAAGCAGGGGCAAAUCCAAAAGCCAAAAAUAUUUAUGGCAUUGAUUCUGUGUUUACGGCCGCUCAGUGUGGUGCUGUCGAUGUGCUUAACCUUCUACUUUCAAAAGAUGAAAAUGUCAAUACCCAGGCGAAUGAUGGUGCAACUGCACUGUUUGAAGCUUCUAAGAAUGGCCAUACUGAAAUUGUUAAGGUCCUUUUGUCAAAAAAUGCUGACGUUAACAAAGCCAACAAGACUGGAUUGCUUCCUAUUCAUGUCGCAGCAAAAAAUGGUCAUAACAGAAUUGUUGCCAUGCUAAUCCCUGAAACCAGUAGAGCUAAAGUAGGAUGGUGUGGCAUUAGUCCCCUCCACUUUGCCGCAGAACGUAACAGAGAUGAUGUUCUAGAAACUUUAAUCGAAGCUGGGUAUGAUGUCAACGCAACACUGUCAGAUAGUUGGUCGAAGAUGUAUGAAGAUCGCCGCAGCACCGCUCUGUACUCGGCUGUGGUGAACAGAAACCUAGAGGCAGCCAGCAUGCUGUUAGAAGCGGGCGCUGACCCAAACCUGGACAUCUUCAAUCCUCUUCUAGUGGCAGCGAGGAAAGCAUGCAUAGAAAUGGUGAUGUUGCUGAUUAAGUAUGGUGCAAAUGUCAACGCCUUACUACCAACUCAUCCCACGACCUUCCCGGCAGUGUUAGUUUUUUGCGUGAACUAUUUGGCAAUGAUGAAGUACGUCCUGGACAAUGGCUGUGAUGCAGUGGCAUGUUUUAGUUGUCAGUAUGGAAAUAAUCCUCAUCCUCCAAUAAAAACAAGACGAAACACAAGAGAAACAUUGUAUUAUUUAUAUGAUGAGCCAUCUGAUGACUGUUUACAGUUUUGUGAGAUCCUUUCUGCUCCAUUGAUCAGCCACUGCGUAGGACCCAUCAUUGACAUGUUGCUUGACUAUGUGGGCCAUGUAAAACUUUGCUCUAGAGUGGCUGAACAUCUAGACAGCAACAGAGAUUGGGCACUUAUUAAAGAUAAAACUGUUUCUCCUUGCACCUUGAUGCACCUGAGCAGACUGAAGAUUCGGCAACAAGUGGGAGUACACAGACUGAGGCGUAUACCGGCUCUUCCUCUCCCCAGGAGAAUAAUCAAGUUUUUGAUCUAUGAACGAGAAUCAUUUGAGGGUGCCAUGUAUUGAAUGUUUACAUUCUUAAAGGGAUAGUUCACCCAAAAAUGAUCAUGUUGUUCAAAACCUGUAUGAGCUCUGUGUACUGCUGAACACAAAUUUUAGAUAUUUUGAGCAAUGUUUGUAACCAAAGCGUUUUUGAGCACCAUUGACUUCCAUAGGAUUUGACUAUCCUACUAUACAAGUCAAUGGUGCUCCUGUUUCCUACUUGAUUACUAAUAUCUUCCUUUGUGUUCAUCAAAACAAAUACAUGUAUACAGGUUUGGAACUUGAGGGUGAGCAAAAAAUGAAUUUUCAUUUUUGGGUGAACCAUCCCUUUAAUGAUUGCUUGAAUAUGAUCAAGAUGUACAGAGUGAUGUUAAUGUAAAUUAGUCAUUAAAUACGCUUUAUUCAGCCUGCCGUCAUAUUGAUUCCAAAACUAGGCUGUGAGGAAUAGACGUCCAGAGCUUUAAAUGUAUUGUUGGUCAUUCAGCCAUCAAAACACAGAAAAUACACACUGUUACAAAUUUCUGUACAAAUUUACUGGCAGCUGUUUGCUAGUAACUUACUGUAGAUUUAAAUUAUUUACUGGCAACAGUUUGUUUAAAGUUAAAUAAACAUUAAACAUUAACAAGUCUUUAUCUUUACAGAAUAAAACUAAAAUAACAGCCUUAUGCAAAGCAUUCUGGGAGUCAAAAUUUAAAGGGACAAAAAUGAAAAAGGUUGAUGAGGAUUUCUGUUUUCCAGAAUGCUCUGCAUGAGGCUGUUAUUUUAUAGUUUUAUUCUGUAAAGAUAAAAACCUGUUAAUGUUUAAUAUUCAUUUAACUUGGAACCAAGUGUUGCCAGUAAAUUACAUAUAUUUAAAUCUACAGUAAGUAACUGCCAAACAGCUGCAUAACUACAGCAACUUUUUUACAGCAUCAUUUAACAAAUUUCCACAGAAAUAAUGCAUUGUUAAAAUAAGAAGGGACAUAUGACCUAAUUUUGAGAUAAGAGUAGCGUUUUGUUCAGUGACGGCCCGUGACUGUUUAUACGAGGGGCGCAAAUUCAAAAUAAGUGUUCGGAGUGUCAUGUGUGUUGGUCGUGUUUUCAAAAUAUGUGUUUGUUGCAUCAUGUGAACCAUGUGCAUCACGUGUUUUGUCAAAAUAAGUGCCUGCUGCACACGCGUCAAAACCGUUUAUGAUAAAAGAGACGCUCACGUAAAAAAAAAGUAAGAGACUCCCUUAACAGUAAACUCUGAUUACGCAUGAAAUUAUGCGAGUAUCUGGAAAACGCGAGUGUCUCUUUUAUCAUAAACCCUUUAGACGGGUCUGCAGCAGGCACUUAUGAUGCACAUAGUAUCGCUCGAUGGGCAGAACACAUAUUUUGAAAUAUACCACACACAUACAUGUUGUGACGAACUUCGCAUCAAGCACCCUCGAAUAAAGAAGUCGCCGGCCGCCAAUGGUUUUGUUAUUAGCCUGUUGCCUAAUCACUAAUUUCUAAUGUUGUAAGCAUGCUUACUUUU